GCGGAAUGCCGCUGGAUUCGCCAGCGAAACUCGAAUUCCCUCUACACUGGGCAGUGUACGUCGACUGCAAGGAUGAGCUGAAUGAGCUUCUAAAAAAUAAAUCAACGCUGGAAAUCGAUAAAAUUGAUCCGAGGGGAAGAACUCCAUUGAUGCUCGCCGUGACUCUCCAACACUUCGAUUGUGCACGGCUUCUGAUGGAUGCAGGAGCUGAUGCGAGCAUUCCAAAUAAAGAAAUGUGGUCUGUAUCGAAUGAAGCAGUUGCUCAAGGAAAUGAACAAUUCAUUCAAGAAGUAAUCCAUCAUCGUGAUUAUCAGAGAGCAAAUCGUGGUGCUCAUGCGAUGAAAAGAUCUCUGGAAAAGCUGGCAGAAGUACCGGAUUUCUUCUGUGAGAUGAAUUGGGAUUUUUCGAGUUGGGUUCCAUUUCUGUCACAAGCUUGUCCGUCAGAUUGCCAUAAGAUUUAUAAAAGAGGCUCAAGCGUUCGAAUCGACACAACACUCGUUUCAUUCGAAGGUGCCAGCUGGGUGCGCGGUAAUCAGUCUUACAUUUUUCGGUUGAGUAGAAACGGAUACGCUGAAUUCAUCGUACUGGACCACGACGAACGAAUCGCUGCAGUUCAAGAGCUUCGAGAUGAUGACAUUUUUAACGAGUAUCGACCACUUCCAUCCGCACUAGAUGAUCGACUUAGAAAUACAAUUUCGACGACUUAUAUUGACGUGGAAAAUAUUGGUUUUGAACGAACAUCUCGUGGAUUCUUGUCAUGGUUUAGCAGCGGAGAGACGAAUGAAACUGUAGACGGAUACGAUUGUAAAGUUCUAAACGCCUCCAACGUGCAUCUGGUGACUAAACGCCGCUUCGAUCAUCUCUCCAGUGAGGCUCGAGCCCGUCUCGCCCAGGAAGAGGCUUCCGAGUCGAAAGCAGUCACCAGCUUCAAGAAAAUGAUGUCGACGAAUAAAACUGACGAGAAUACUACAAGGGACCUGUAUGAAGAAGGACUGUCUCCUGAUUCGUACCUAGAUCCGCAUUAUGAAUUUGACACUGGAUGUGAUAUUGGAAAGCGUCGAGAAGUUGUGAAGAAAUCGAAUGCUUUUCAGGCGACGCUGUGGAUGGCUGAUGAAUAUCCUUUGAACCUUCAUGAUCAAAUAAUCCCAAUUGUGGAGCUCAUGGCAGUGAAUAGCCCACACUUUGCACGCCUCCACAAUUUCAUCCGCCUCCAGCUACCCGCAGGAUUCCCAGUCAAAAUUGAAAUUCCCCUCUUCCAUAUUGUCAGCGCUCGGAUUGCAUUCCAAAAUAUUAAUUCACCUGGGAAACAUGUGACACCGAUCGAUAAUCAAAAUGUUGAUAUUGAAGAGGAAGCUUUCGAAAUUCCAGAUGGAUACGCGAUCGAUGAUGAUGGUAGAUAUGGAAUCACCUGGGAGGAUGAUGAUGAUCGUAAUAAUCGAAACAAUAGGAAUCAGGUGGCGAAUGGGAAUACUAGUCGGAGAGGAUUAGGAAAUAACUAUUCUGAUGAUAUGCUCCUCCAGUACGCAAUCCAACAAAGUCUUCUUGAAAGUACUGCUCGCCAACCAUCUCGAGUACAAGAAGAAGAGUAUGUAGAUAUUCUUGAGCAAAUCGAAUCAGUGCCUGUUAAUCCUGAAACAGAUUUUUACCGUGCCAUCCGAGAUUCUCAAGUUGAAGAAGAUCGCCGUCGGCGAGAAGAUGAGCAAUAUGAGGAAGAUUUGAGAAAAGUUCUCGAAUUGAGCAAGGCCGAGCAGUAAAUCGGGUUCCUUUUCGUGUACAUAUUAUUUCUUGCCCUGUAAACUAAACUUCCCGAUUGAAUCCAACUUUUUUCUUGUCUCUCUCCCAGCUUCCCUCCUACCAAAUGUAUGUAUACCGGGUUCCUUGAAAUCCAUAUUGAGCUGUGGUUUUCUUGUCUACGAAACACUUGAUUACAUAAAUUAUUUCCUGAUUCUC